GGAUAUUGUACCCUGACUAUGCCUCAAUGAACAAACGUCUUGUCGCCAUCGCCAGAUUCCUUCUCGAGCAGCAUGCACAAGUGGAUUUUCGAGGGAAGGACAAUGCGACGCCGCUCUCGCUCGCCUACGAGUGGGGCCACACUGAUUUGGUGAAGCUUCUCCUGAAGCAUGGCGCAGAUCCUACGUCCAUCGUGCUUCAAGCCGCUGGAACAAACUCGCGAAUCGAUGAGUUGAUGCAGAUAGCCAAACGAGACUGGACUGGUUCAGCAACAAAGCCUCCUCGGUCGUGCCCGUGUUUCUCCGGAAAAACGCUGGCCGCCUGUCAUCAAGCUCGAGACCACGCAUAUCCCUUAGAUUUCCUGUGUCCAUGUGGCAAAGGGAUGUCAUAUGAGGACUGUUGCUUGCUUGUGGCCAGUAGGAACUGGGUGGAGCGUUGGGUUGAAGAAGACGGAUACGCCUUUAUCAAACCAGUGUUGAUCGAGAGGCGAUUCAGCGAAGACAGUCAGGAAGUGAAGCAGAUUAGCCGUCAGCUCAUUGCACGGCUCGAAGACUUGUGCAAGGAAGGAUUCAUUGAUCCAAGCUUCUUGUCUGUGGUUCGUCAUAUCAAGAGCAUUCCAUUGUAGAAACACAAAAGAAGGGCUCGCUUCCAUUGUCAAUCAGGGCGACGUGA